GCUUUUGCGUGUGUUGUGUGAUGACGCGGUAGUCAGGUGGUGCCUCAUAUAACAGGAGGAGCUGUCCAAGUGCUGAAAACAGAAGAGCUUCAGCAUCGCUCCUGAGAGAUGCCAUUCACCUUUACUGCUGUCUGAGUUUUAUUACCAAAGGUAAUAAAUAUCCUACAAUGCUGCAUUUCCACCACAAGUUGCCCGCGGGGAGAGUUGUCGUCCUGCUCGCAUUCCUCCUUCACGGGUGCGCGGUGCAGGCUGCAUCUCUCCCCCGCCACUGGUUCCGAGGCGGGGAGGGCGACGGACUGCCGGCUGCCUUUCCACCCAGCUCCGACAUGAUCAAAGCCCUGGAGUACAUCGAGAACCUGAAGCAGCGAAACGGGGGUCGACCCGAGCCUGUGGAUUACGACGAAGUGGAAAAAUUCAAGGUCAUGCUUCAGCUCGCCUCUCGGCAGGACGAGGUUCCCGGGGAGCGCCAGUCCGCCCCCGGCAUCCCGAGGCAGGACAUUACCGCUGAGCAGCUGAUGAAAGCCAUGCUUAAGACUCUCCAGGAUCAGGCCGGGAAAGACCCAAGGUUCAGUCCCGCCUCUGAACCCAGGAGCGACCGCCGAACGAGCAGGUACCGCGCCAAAGACACGGAAAUCCCCAAAAGCGCACCGGCAGAUUACGGUAAUUUCCCCAGGCCCCACAAGAAGUACCCGCUGAUGUUUGAAGACGAGGAGAACACAGACGCCUCCAAGCGGGCGACAGAGGACUUGGAUGAGCAGUACACUCCCCAGAGCCUUGCCAAUUUAAGGUCGAUCUUUGACGAACUUGGCAGGAUGCCAUCGAUCUCCAGCCAGAAGCGAGACGCUUACGGGGAAGAAGAUGAUGGUGGAAUAGAUGGACUCGGUCACAGAAACCAGGCUUAUGAGGAUGUGGCUGGAGGAGAAGAGUGGGUACCCGUGGAGGAGAGGGAAGAGACGGAGGAGAUGGAGAACAGGAGCCACGAAGAAAUGGAAAGGGCGCUAAGCGAUCAGGAGUCCGAGCGGGAGGAGAUGCAGCGUCGGGCCAAUCAGAACCAGGAGGACGCGGAUGACGACACUAAACUGGUAGAUUACUAUCUGCUGAAGGUCUUGGAGAUGAGUGACCAGACACAAAAUGGGGAUCAGACCGGUGAUCAGAAAAAGAGGCUGAUCCGCCCUUCCAUCGUGGACCCUCGGACAGUGAAGGAGCUGCUGGAGUUGUCCCUGAAACUCCACGUCCCUCCUCAGGACCUCAUCGAUAUGCUGCUCACGGAGGAGCUCAGAAAGCUCCAUCGUGAUCCCCAAGCCAUGGCCCGUUACACGGCUGGCCAAACCCCGAAGAUCCGGUAUUUCAGUCGCAGACUGCCUCUGAAGAGCAAGCCCCCCACUGAUGACAUGGACAGGGAGGACUUUUUGGACAUCAUCGGGGUGGAGACCAUCAGUAACGAGUAUCCCGUGGUGCAGAGACCCAUGGAGACCUCCUUGUCCUCCUCCUCAGACAGAAUCCCUGCAGCUGCAAACGCAGCCCCGGUUAAAAUCCCCCCACCCUCCGGACGCAGGGAGAACCUGUUUUUAUCAGAGUUAAACAAAAUGCCCCUGAAACGUCAGGCCGACGCCGCUGAUGACGCCGACGAUGACGGCGACAUUGAAGAUGAGGUGACGACAUACCUUGCAGCCAAAAUCCUCACAGAGUACCCGAACACCAUCACCAAGCGGGACACGCAGGCGCAGCUGAAGGGCCAGUUCCCCUACGAGCUCUACGAGCGCGCCAUGAAGGACUACAUGGACCAGGCGGAGACCGAGAGGCGGCCAGUGGCCAAGAGGGAAGCCGAGGGUGCCGCAGAUGAGAAAGCCACUCCCCUCCCGAGGGAGGAGACCCCAUCCAAGACCCCCGCUCCGCAAACCGCGAAUGAAGAAGAGGAGCAGCAUCGUGAACAAAACGCGGCCGGGAUGUAGCCUGAUCUGUCUGCGAGGCGCAUUAACAUAAAAAUAGUAUUUAUAUACCGUCUCAAAAAUAACGUUUGGUGGACGUGAUCUAGUUUACAAAUUUCUAUCAUAUGAACAAUAGCUAUUAUUGAUACCCUGAGACAAAUAAUCUAUAGCAAACUUAGAAAUAAACACAGAUAAACAAUGUCCCUACUUGCUGCAAGAACAUUCUAGAUGUAUUUCUAAUGAGAUGUAAAAGUGCCAUCCAGAGAGGCGAAAAGUAAUCUGGAAGAUGUGACCUCUUCUAUGGGGUGCUGAUUGAAAAUUUGUGUCAUUUUAAAUACUUCACCACAUUUAUAUUAAAAUAAUGAUGUUAAAAGUAAAAAUCCUGAAACACAAGUUAAAUAUAAACAUGGAAAUUUCUGAUAAAAUGUGAAUAUUUUGCUAGCAUGAAUGCUAAAGCUGUUGUAGCAUACCAAAAUAAGAGGAUGGAGAGAUCUAAGUUUUGUUUCAUGGAGGGUCUCAUCUCCCUGCUUUUAAUGGCGCCCCCAAGGGGUGGCCAUGGUCUGAUAUCCUAAAUAAAUGUGGUGAAAAGGUGACUUUUUUUAUUAUGGGGAGCUAAAUGUGACAAAACGUAGCUUUUAAUUCUUUUUAAGUGCAUUACUUCCCAAUCAGCACCCCAUAUUCAAUCAAAUCCAACAAAUUGUGUUAUUCGAUUUGUUUACAUUAAAUGGUGUUUGUAAACAGUCCUAUAUUUGAAUCUAUAACCAAAAGAUAAAAAAAAGCUUAUUUUUCAUCUGUGUCAAACUAUUCAGUUACAUUUGUGAAUAUACAUGUAAAUGAUUAAAUAUAAUCCUAACUGGGCUUUUGAAAGCUAUUCUUGAGCACUAUGAGGAAUAUUAUCGGGAUUAUUUGUCAGGGCUGCGAGUGUUGUGACUCGUGAUCUAGUCAGGGUUUGUGGAUUUAAUGUUAUAAUCGGAUUACUUUUGGGUCUAAAUAUCAGACCGUCGCCUGCCUUCUAACCCUUUCAUAUUGCAAAGCUCUGUAUCGUUGGCCUAACAGUGGUUGUGCUCCGUAUGCUCAUUUUUAAACCAUUUUGUACAUGUUCAACAACGUGUGAUGGACCACAGAUGAAUAAAGCAUCAGCUGUA